ACUCGGCAUCAUGGCUGCCCUCAGACCCCUUGUGAAGCCCAAGAUCAUCAAAAAGAGGACCAAGAAGUUCAUUCAGCACCAGUCAGACCGAUAUGUCAAAAUUAAGCGUAACUGGCAGAAACCCAGAGGCAUUGACAAUAGGGUGCGCAGAAGAUUCAAGGGCCAGAUCUUGAUGCCCAACAUUGGUUAUGGGAGCAAUAAGAAAACAAAGCACAUGCUGCCCAGUGGCUUCCAGAAGUUCCUGGUCCACAAUGUCAAGGAGCUUGAAGUGCUGCUGAUGUGCAACAAAUCAUGCUGUGCUGAGACUGCUCACAACAUCUCCUCCAAGAACCACAAAGCCAUCGUGGAAAGAGCAGCCCAGCUGGCUAUCAGAAUCACCAAUCCCAAUGCCAGGCUGCGCAGCGAAGAAAACGAAUAGACGACAGCUCGUGUGCGCAUUAUAUUUGUGUUAAU